AACCGGACAGCAAACAACUAUAACAACCUUGAUCAGACAGCACACAACUAUAACAACCUUGAUCAGACAGCACACAACUAUAAUAACCUUGAUCAGACAGCACAGAACUAUAAUAACCUUGAUCAGACAGCACACAACUAUAACAACCUUGAUCAGACAGCACACAACUAUAACAACCUUGAUCAGACAGGGAAUAAGGAUGAGCAUUACAGCGAAAGAGGGA